AAGUGGUUGACCAGUCAGUGAAUGUGGUUGACAAUUGGCUCUUAAUCGCGGCAGAGAGAGAGAGAGAUAGGGAGCCGGAGUGCGAUCGUUCAACAACUCCGCCACAUUAUGCCUUCCCUUCUCAUCUCGGCAUGGAGGCUGGGACGCUGAGAGGAAAAGCCAUCAGAAAGCUCGGCAUCUUUUUCUACUUACUUACAGCAUUAGGCAGCGCGAUCGGACAGAAAGGUGAUGGUUGUGGACACACAGUUCUUGGCCUAGAGAGUGGAACUUUUGCAUCAAUAAAUUAUCCUCAGACAUACCCUAAUAAUACUGUUUGUGAGUGGGAGAUACGGGUACAGCCCAGCCUGAGGAUUAUAUUUAAAUUUGGCGACUUUGAUAUUGAAGAUUCUACCUCUUGUCACCUGAGUUACCUAAGACUGUAUAAUGGAAUUGGUCCAGGCCGAACUGAAUUUGGUAAAUAUUGUGGACUUGGAAUUCAGUGGGACAAGGUUAUUGAGUCAGAAAGCAAUGAAGCCACUGUUCAGUUCAUGAGUGGAAUUCACGUCUCUGGUCGAGGCUUCCUUGUAUCGUACUCUACAUCAAACAUAUCAGAUUUAAUUACUUGUUUGGACAAAGGGAGCCACUUUACAGAGCCUGAGUUCAGCAAGUACUGUCCUGCAGGGUGCUUGACCCCUUUUGGUGACAUUUCAGGAACCAUCCCUCAUGGCUAUCGUGAUUCGUCCUUGCUGUGUAUGGCUGCUGUUCAUGCUGGUGUCGUGUCAAACUUCCUGGGUGGCCGGAUCAAUGUUGUCAUGAGUAAAGGCAUUCCGUACUAUGAAAGCACUCUUGCAAAUAAUGUCUCCUCAAAACUUGGACCAUUAUCAGCUAGUCUGUUCACGUUCAAGACCAAUGGUUGCUAUGGAACCUUGGGAAUGGAGUCUGGUGUCAUUGGCGACAGCCAAAUUAAUGCAUCCUCUGUACUACAAUGGCAUGACCCUUCGGGACAGUUUCACGUCUGGGGACCAGAAAAGGCUCGCCUGAAAAAGCCUGGUUCACCCUGGGCUGCAUUUCAUACUGAUGAACCACAGUGGCUACAGAUAGACUUGAAGAAAGAGAAAAAAAUAACCGGUAUAAUUACUACAGGUUCCACCCUGGGUGAAUAUUCUUUUUAUGUCUCUGCUUACAGAAUCCUGUCCCGUCACGAGGGGCAGGAUUGGAAGGUAUAUAAAGAAGCCAACAGUGACCUGGACAUGAUAUUCCGAGGAAACUCUAACAACUACCAAGAAGUUCGGAACAACUUUAUCCCACCCAUUGUUGCCCGUUACAUCCAGAUUAAUCCAGUAGAGUGGCACCAGAAGGCAGCACUGAAAGUAGAGUUAUUAGGUUGCCAGUUAUACCAACCUUCAUUGGCUCGAGCUCCAUCUCAGUCUCUGCCUCCACUGCGCAGCACAGGAAAUCCUCCAAAAUUUACCGAAACUACAUUUACACCAGUACUCAAGAAUAAUUCAGUGACUCCUAAGGUAACCAAAGAUGUGGCGUUGGCAGCCGUCCUGGUGCCUGUGUUAGUCAUGGUGCUUACUAGCCUUAUAGUGGUCCUUGUAUGUGGCUGGCAUUGGAGAAACAGAAAGAAGCCUGUAACAGGGCCAUACAGCCUGCCCUACUGGGAUCGAGUAGGCUGGUGGAAAGGAAUGAAGCAGUUUCUACCUGCGAAAAAUGCUGAGCCUGAUGACACCUCUGUGCGCUACAGCAGCAGCGAGAUGAGCCGCCUGAGAGCCCGGAAUGCCAGCACAAUGAUCCAGACAGAACCUGCAGAAUAUGCCCAGCCACUUGUGGCAGGAGUAGCCGGUACCUUACGACAGGGAUCCACUUUUAAACCCGAAGAAGAUCCGGAAGCAGGCUACAGUGAGCCGGAUGGGGAUGGUCACUAUGAUGCUCCUGUGUCAGAGAUUUAUCAUGCGUACGCAGAACCCUUGCCAGUUUCAAGCCCUGAGUAUGCCACUCCGAUCAUAAUGGAAAUUUCCGGUCAUCCAACCGGAACCUUGGCAUCAGCAGCAGCCUCCACCUUUAAAUCAGUGGGGAGCACAGGGCCUUCAGUGGUGGGCAGUCUAAGCACAUUAUCACCCAUAACUGAGGGUGCUUCUUCGGGUCAGGCUGGCUACGAUACACCAAAAGGAGUGGUAGUCCCAAUGCCUACAGAGGAACUUGGAUACCAAGUACCAAUUAGUGUACCACACAUAUCAGCAACAUCAGAUGCGAACUGAACUUCUGAAAGGAGACCACAUACAGAGGACAUUUUUGGUGGGGAGAACAGAAUGCAUUGCUGCAGCGAAAUAACUGAUUGUCCAAAGCAAAUGGAUAGGCAAGCUGGGGCCAUGAUGACUGCUAAGAAAGUGUUGCCUGUUACCCUGGAAUGGAUUGAAGAUGGAUUCUUCUUGAAUGUUGCCAUUCAACUGCAUGUGCCUGGAAUGUAGAGGUUGAUUCAUACUGGUUUAAUGUUUAAUGUCACCUGGUACCAAAGGGUUAGAUAAUGCGCCACAUUAUGACAAAAUGUUAAUACUGGUCAGUUCAUUAGCUUUAGCUCAGCUCAUUUCCUGCCAGAACCUGUUCUACAAUGUGCAGAAGAGACGCACCUCUCUCAUUUUAACACUGCUGUUUUUCUUAACAGAACUGAGAGCCUGUUUUGGUGGCUUUUGAUGCAAGCCCUGAAAUUCCUCGGGGAUUUUGUCAACCUCCUGCCCUGACCCAUAGAGUAACAGUGCAAACAGCUGGCAACAGCAAUUUACUGAAAAAAAAUGGAUGCUAGCGAUCAUAGUGGGUCAUGCAGCAUCCAUGGAGAAAGAGCAAGCUAACACUUGGAGUCGAGAUCACCCUUCUUCAGAACCACCUAGACUCAAAAUAUUAGCCUGACCCACUGUGAUCGCCAGCAUAUUUUGUUUUCAGUACAGAUUCCAGCCCCUGCAGUAAUUUUGCUCCGACACUGUGUUUGUUUAUUCAACGGCAAUUUAUGAUAUCUCUUCCGGAUAGUCAGCGACUGUCAGUUUUCUCUAAAAAUGCUGCAGCAAAUUAAAAUGAAUCUUCGUAUCACACAUUUGAUGGUAUUGGGGUUUAACUUUCCAAUGAAACACAGAGCAGCCAUAAUAGUUGUCUAACUGCUUCCUCAGACACUUGCUCAGUUAAUGCAGAAUUUUGCUUCCAAGGACUUUAAUGCAGGAUGUGCACUAUAGCUGUCUAGAUAUCCACUGAUUUAUUUUCUAAUGCCUUCAUCCUCCUGAAUGAGCUGGGAACAAUAAGGGAACAGCUUUAAGUGUUUCUUAUACACAGUUAUGUCUCUGCCAUUGGAAGCCUGGUUUUAAUGCUAUUUUGGCUGUCAUUACCAUAAUUUGAGAGAGGGGUGAUUCGGCCACCAACGUAGGUAGGUUCUGAAUGAAACGUUUUGCUCGGAUAAAUGGAAAUCCUUGUCUAAGUGAUCAAGCUUACAUAGUUAUUAAGUUUUAUACAAGACAAAAAACAAAACUUGCUGCAUAAGGCGGCACGGUGGCACAGUGGUUAGCACUGUUGCCUUGCAGCAUCAGAGACCCGGGUUCAGUUCCCGCCUGAGGCGACUGACUGUGUGGAGUUUGCACGUUCUCCCCGUGUCUGUUUGGGUUUCCUCCGGGUGCUCCAGUUUCCUCCCACAGCCCAAAAAAUGUGCAGGUUAGGUGAAUUGGCCAAAGCUAAAUUGCCCGUAGUGUUAGGUUAAGAGGUAAAUGUAGGGGAAUGGGUCUGGGUGGGUUGCACUUCGGCAGGUUGGUGUGGACUUGUUGGGCCGAAGGGCCUGUUUCCACACUGUAACUAAUCUAAUCUAAUCUAAUAAUAGUUGAGGGUAACUUGUCUAACCAAUACAAAACCCAUUUGCGGUUGCAGGGACUCCUUAGCCAACACUGCAUUGUUGCUAAGCGACUAGGACAUCCUGCCAGGCUGACCACCAAUAUUGACCAGAAUUAUCCACCAUCUCUGCACUGAAUCGAAGUUAGGUAAAUUUUCAGCCAUUCAGCACCUGGCACAGAGCUUUGCUGAUCACAAGCACAGACAGAGGGUCAGCAUUUCCAAGUUGCACUCCUAUCAAGUCAAACUCAAUCUCAAGAGCAGAGUUAAGAAAAGAAACUUUUCCUAUUAAUCAUUUUAUUUAUUUUUGUCUGCAUCUCAGCACCUAUUCCUUCCACCUGCCUGCCAAUAAGAAUCCCCUUUUAUACUGACAGUAAAUGAUGCUGUGAAUCGAUUCGCUAUGCCAGCUUCUGAUGGUAAUUCGAUCUCGUAAGAAAUACAUCCAAAUCCGAAAAGAUACUGAACCAACCUGCAUGUUUAUUCAUAUUGAAUUUUAUAUAAAACAUUUGUCUACAUUCAGUGAGGAAGGAAUCUGAAAAAAGACGUUUAUUUUGUACUCUUGCCAUUUGCAAUUCCAAUUUUAUUAUAAAAUUGACUGUAAUGGGUCUCCAUUUAAUAUUUCUGUCCCUUUGUUGUUGUUUGAGCAAAGCUGUCAUGCAUCACAUUACACCUUAAAUAAGAUUGCUUAUUUUCAGCCCAGCGUGGUGUUUGUCAUUAAAACCCCUGGUAUGAGUCAUUCUCUACAAGAAUGUAUUUUUUUUUGGUUGUCUUACCUCAGCAUGUACUGUAGUCAAUUUAUUGUUUGUAUAUUUUGGUAGAAUUUAGAUCAUAUGCAUAGAGCGGAAGAAAUUUUUUUUGAUGAUCUGCUGAUUUGCGAUUGAAACGUUUAUACAUAGGUUAUCAGGUGAAAGUAACUGAUGGGUGAGAAACAAAUGGCACCCUCAAGUCUCAAUGGUGGCAUCUACCUGGUUGAAACCAAGCUGGUUCUCACAUUACUGUGGUUCUAACAGUUCAGAGUGGGAAAGUCAUCCCACAGUCCUAAACUUGUGUUAAGCUGGAUUGUUGCACAUUUCAUGAUGCUAUUGGGUUAAAGCCAUUUAUUUUGAAAUGGAAAAAAAAAUCAAGGUUUAUUUUGAAUGUCCUCAAUAUCUGAGUUUCAUUUAAAUUUAACCUUUUUAAGAUUUCAUUAAACUUAAUAUAUUAUUAUAUAUAUUCUUUGCCCAUAAGAGAGUCUGUAAAUGCAGCGGGUUAGGCUUUUACAACAAACUUAGGAACUGCAGUUCUGGUGAACGAUCAUUGGACUGAAAUGUUAACUCUGCUUCUCCCUCCGUCUGAUUGCUGUGUGCCUCCAGUUUUUAACCCAGUUUUAUACCACUGAGUAAUAAUAAACUUUAGGGGACACCCACUUGCUGUUAGCAAGGUGCAUUAUUUGCUCCUUAAUUAUUUCAUCCUAAAAUUUAACAUUUUUUACCAACUUAGAGGGUAUUGAUCAACAAAUGCAACGUUGCUCAGAAUAGCAGUUUGAGAAGGGGCACUGAACUCCUUGGAGUUGGAUUUUAUAUUGGAUUGUUUUGUUAUUCUGGAACAAAGGCAAACAGAGUGAAUGGCUUUUUUAGCCUAACUCUCUCAAUCACUUCAAAUUAAGUAGAUGAAAUGAGGUCACCCAAAAAUUGCUCUCACUCAGUAAGGAGACCUGAUUCUCUUCUCUUUAACUCUUUAUUUUAGUCAAGUGCACAUAAUCUAAACCAACUAUUCCCUCUUUAAUCUUUAAUAUGUAAUUAUGGGGAGAAUGCAGCUGUAAUCUUUGUGCAUUCAGACUCUGUAGUUCCACCAGCUGAAGCAUGAUGUUUCUCAGAAUUCAUAGCCUGAGAUUUGAAGGAUGUACGUCUUAAAAUUUCAAAUGAAUUUUAGUUUGCAAAAUGCUGUAUUGUAAAAGAAAACCUGGUUUAAUGUGAGCAUAACUGGAAUGGCCCUGAGGUUAGAGUUGAUGCUAUUUCAAAAUCAAGUGCUGGUGGGAAUCAAGGCUUCAAUUCAGAAGUAUAUUUGAGAAUGACAAAUAUGUUGAAGCCUUUAUCAUUUCAGUAUUGCUUCUGCAGUGAGGCACAGAAGUUGGGGGGGAAAUGGAAAUUCCUUAAAAAUGAAAACUGGACAUAAUUUUAAAUUUCCAGACGCCCCACUCACAGAGAUAAACACAGACAGUCCAAUCCAAAACCACGUGUGACAACCAUAAUUGAAACAGUUGUUUGGUCUAGCUCAGCCCCAUUCAAGGACUGAGUUUAAAAACAAGAUGGAAAGAAGCAAAUCUGAAACAACACUGGUGGCUCACAGCUUGCUGGGAUACUUUACCCAUUGAGACUGAGGAUAUAGCAAAAUAAAACGAUAUAUGGGCAGUCUAUGUUGUUAGCAAGGUACCUUUUUCUGAUGAAUUAAGAGUUCCUAAAUUGUCACAGAAGGUUAGAACUACUGUCAUUUCAAGAGAAGCUUCUUUAUUCUAAUAAGUUUAAUGUAUUUUGCUGUAAGGAAUAAUAUGUCUCUCAAAAUGAUUUAUUUCUGUGAAAUAAUAGUUUGAAUUAGUAUUUCCUCCACCGUAUUACAUUGCAAGGUGCAUUUGUUUUCAUUAGCAUGUUUGCCAGCACAACAAAAUGAUAUCUUGUUUUUAAAAAUGUACUUGUUGAAUUGUAUCAUGGGAAAAGGAGAGUCAGCUAGCAGCAAUUUCUUAAAAAUAGCUUUGGUGCUUCUCAUUCCCUUACUUCAAAAUGUAACCUUGCUUUUUCAUCAUCAGCAUAUCUCAUCCCAUCUCAACUUCACCAUUACUUAGAAGUCAGCUUUGUGUGCUGAUUUUAAUUCAGUCAUUUAAAGAGUGACAACAAACCCAAAAAAAGGCUGAAGCUGACUUUAAUCAGUCUGUGUUUGCCACACAAAAUUUGAAGCAAACUAGAAUUUUACUUUGAACUCAAAAUAGUCCUAAACCUGAUCACAAAGUGGUUCAGUGCUAAAGGUCAAUGAUUUUACCACCAAAGCUUGUUAUGUGUGAACUGGUGACAUGAAUCCCAUGUAAAGUCACCUAUCACCCUUUGUCAAGACCAUUUCUUAAAAUGCACCUCAAUUUAUUUUUGUGGUAAUCAGUUUUUAUGCUGGAACUGCAGACCCUGCUCCUAAAUAGAUUUCACAGUUGCAGCCCUGUCAUCACAUCAGUGUACUUAAUAAAUGAUCUUUCUUCGUUUACUUGUUACAGUGCAAAAUUUG